GACUCGACGACAGCGACGACGAGAACACCGGACAUCUGUCUUGCCUCGCACCCGCGCAGACUCUUCUGCCGCAAUCAUCGACCGCCCCGCGACACACGCGUACACAAUCCUUUAACGACGAAUAUGUCCACCCAAGUCGAUCUCUCGACGAUUCCCAUCUCUCCUGACGGGGAGAACGCGCCAACUUCAUCCGGCGACAAGGAUGUCACAGUCUUCCACGACAGCAACAACUUUAACGUCAAGCACCCCUUGAUGAACAAAUGGACACUCUGGUUCACCAAACCGCCAACUGGCAAGGGUGACAACUGGGCUGAGCUUCUCAAAGAGGUUAUCACAUUUAACUCAGUAGAGGAGUUCUGGGGCAUCUAUAAUAACAUUGCCCCCGUCUCGGAGCUGGCGUUGAAGUCGGACUACCAUCUUUUCAAAGAGGGCGUGCGACCAGAAUGGGAGGACCCUCAAAACAAGCACGGUGGCAAGUGGUCGUACAGCUUCAAGGAGAAGCGCAACAUUCCCAUCGACGACAUCUGGCUGCACACCAUGCUGGCCGCGAUCGGCGAGACUCUGGAGUCGGAGGAUGAUGGCGAGGUGAUGGGCGUCGUCGUCAACGUGCGCAAGGCUUUCUACCGUGUCGGUGUGUGGACUCGCACCACCGGCAAGUCCAUUCCCAAUCGUGGCGAUGGUGACGUUGCUGGAGGCAAGGGCCGCUCGCCUGAGAAGGGCAAGGCAAUCCUCAUGGAGAUUGGCAAGCGCUUCAAGGAUGUCCUGAGGCUCCCGGCCAACGAGGUGCUGGAGUUCUCGGGCCACACAGAGUCUGCACACAGCGGCAGCACCCGUGCCAAGGCCAAGUUCACAGUCUAA